UGAUGUAGGGUGCAGAAUCAAAACAGUUAAAUUUGACAGCUCGACAUUGUCCCUCACAAGGAAAAUGUUAUGAAAACGUUCCUGGCAGGCUGAGAAACAAACCGUGAUAUUCAACCAACAUUUUCAGAAAGUGGGGACGAGUUGUGGAGGAAUGCCAUCGCGGGGAAAAGUUUUUUUGGCCGGUUUAUCCGGGAGCGGUUGCAGCGCCUCUACAGCUAGCUGAUUAGCUUCCCAGCUCCAUGGCGAUCUACGGGCUGAACAUUACCAUAUAUAGACCGGGCACGGAGCUCCCUGGCCGGUGAAAUGUAAACGGCGACGGGCUCGGGAGACUGAGAAAGGGAAAGCAAAGACAAAACUCAGCUUGAGAGACCAAAACCACCAUCUUCACCAUGUCAUCCGAGCAGAUCAUCGCCAUCAUCAUGGAUGACAAAACCUACGAGGUGAAUAAAAAGAAGCUGAUCGAGAAGAGCGACUACUUCCGAGCUCUGUACAGCUCGGGGAUGAGGGAGUCCACGGAGGACUCGGUGCAGCUGCAAGGACUCAGCGUCCUGGGCUUGGAGCUGGUCCUGGAGUUCAUCAACACCUCCAAAGUCCAGGUAGUCAACGAGACUCUGGAGGACCUGAUCGAGACCGCCUCCUUUCUCCAGGUCACCUCCAUCCUUAAGCUCCUCACUUCGGAGAUCCGGCUGGAGAACUGCGUGGAGCUGUACAGCCUCUCCGAGGUGUAUGGGACUCACGACCUGCGUACUGCUUGCCUCAAAUACAUGACCUGCUACUACCACCCCAUGCUGAGGCGGCCCGAGUUCAGCAGCCUGGCCUCUGCUGUCAGGGACCAAGUCAAGGAGAUGCGCAUGAAUGGCACUGCCACCCUGGUGGCCAUCGGAGACUUCACCAGCCUGUCCCUGGACGUUCCGGAUCAGGAUGAGCCCUGGUCCAUGCUGAGGUAUGGAGAGGUGGAGCAGCGCUGGAAGCCCCUCGCCAACAACCUCCCUCCAGAUAUGAUCAACGUCAGGGGGUAUGGGUCGGCCAUCCUCGAUAACUACUUGUUCAUAGUUGGCGGGUACAGGAUGACGAGUCAGGAGAUCUCUGCUGUGCACUGCUACAACCCCUGCAGGAACGAGUGGAACCAAGUGGCGCCACUCAACCAGAAGAGGUCCAACUUCAAGCUGCUGGCCGUACAGGGAAAGCUGUACGCUGUGGGAGGCCAGUGUCUGGGCACAGUGGAGUGUUACAGCCCUGAGCAGGACUGGUGGACCUGCGUCUCCUCGAUGCCCGACCCGCUGGCUGAGUUCUCUGCCUGUGAGUGCCAGGGUAUGAUCUACGUCAUGGGUGGAUACACUGCGAGAGAGAGGAACACAAACAUCCUCCGAUACUGCCCCAUCUCUGACACCUGGACAACGUUCCGAUCCUGCCCGGCUCACAUCCGGAAGCAGCAGAUGCUCUCCGUGGAAGACACCAUCUACCUGGUGGGUGGCUACACCCACGAGCUGGACACGGGGCUGUGGCGGCGACGUCCCAGCCAAACGGAGGACGUGCUGACGGUGCAGUCGUACAGCGUCACCACGGGGGAGUGGCUCCAGCUGAAGGAGAACACGUCCAAGUCGGGACUGAACCUGACGUGCACGCUGCACAACGACGGCAUCUACAUUAUGAGCCGGGACGUCAGCCUGCCCACCAGCCUGGAACACCGCGUUUUUCUCAAAUAUAACAUUUUCUCAGACGCUUGGGAGGCCUUCAGGCGCUUCCCGGCUCUGGGACAGAACAUGCUGCUCUGCUCACUUUACCUUCCUAACGUGCUGUGACACGCAGAGCGUCAGGAAAGCUCGAGCACUGUUAACAGACCAAUUAUUGUUGCACUCAUUGGGGAUCUGUGGCGUCAGGGUGUGGUUGACAGUUUGAACGCCUCGUGACCGCCGUGCCUCGGAUUUAAAAACUUGAAAAACGUGCACUACGCUAAAGAUACUGCUGUGGAUGCAAAUGGAAAAGCUAUAAUCACAAGUGUGGCCCAAAGCAUCAUCAGAGGUAGCACCAGUUUGUGCCUCUCAUGUGUUAAAGUCAGCAGUCACCAUUAAAUAAUCACCAGGUGAAGUUUAGAAACCACAGAACCAGCUGCUUUUGCCUUUUGAAGGCAUUUCCACAACCCUCAAAAAGUCUCCUCUGACCAUCUGGAUGAGCACAUGAUGGUUGGAUUGCAGAUUUGAAAGGUGGAGGAACAGCAUACAUAUGGUCAAAAGAGUCUUUUAGGGUCCUGGAAAUGAUGUUUGAGUGUUUCUCAACUUCAUCCCUUUUCCCAAGAUUAACUUUAUCUUGAAGGCAUGUCGAGUGCCAGUCGUCAGACUGAGACUGCAAAGCAACAAUCUCAAAAAAAAAUCACAGAAAGUUCAGCCGAAGUCACAAACUUUAUGAUCACACCUACUAUUUCAUUUUGAUGCCGGCAGUUAGUUCGUCUUUGUUUUUUUUUAAAGACAUAAAUGUCUCAAUCGGAUGGUGACUGUAAACCCCAGAAUACACUGGUCAGGCCCGCCUGAGCAAUGCUUGCACUUCUACCACACGUCAGACUCUUCGUCUAAAAUCCCGCCAGUCUGUUCUAUUGAAACCAUCACGAAACUGAUCAGUUAUUAUUAUUAUUAUUAUUAUUAAUUUAUCGCCAACAUUUUAUAAAUAUAUUUCGGAUGAGAAAAAUAUUUCCAAUUCAAAUAGUGUAAAUUAUAUCACGUACAGAGCUUUAACAACAUAACCUCUUUGUGUGAUGCAGCAUGUGAAAACCAAUCUGAAGUCCAAAUUUCAAAACUUCUAGUUUAACAAGCAAAAUAUUCAUUUUUGUUUCUAUGAAUUUCUUUCAGAGAGACUAAAAAGUCUGCAGCAUCACUGUGGGGAUGAGGUUUCCCUAUAUUUGUAGACUGUGAAGUUAAAAUAAAUUUUUGAAAAACUGGAAAUUAAUUUUGCGCACAGCCUGGAUCCUGCAUAUUUUUCACAUGCUGUGUUACUCUUUAACCUUUACAGCGUGACAUUUCUGUCCACACUCUUUCCAAAAAUCAUUUAACAAAAACACUGAGAAAAUAAACUGAAAGAAAAUAUUAAAUACUGCUUAAUUAAAAAUUUGA